CUUCCAAUUUUUGCUGUUUCUGUUAUAUUUGGUGCUUACAUUAUUCUCUCUUUUAUCCAUUUGGGUCUCUUUUUUUCUGAUUUGUUUCUGAUUUGCUUCAAUUUUCUAGCUGGAUCCCGAUGGAGCCGCCACCUCUUAUCGACCUUGGCGACGACGAUGGCGGCGGUGAUGGUGAUCAUACUGCAUCUCCCCUCACCAACUCGUAUACCCAAAACCUUAAUCACAUCAAUUAUGGGUUUGAGUACUCGAAUCGCGACGAUACUACCAGUAAUUACCGCACCCAAUUCUUCGAUUCCAGUUCGUCUUCGUCCGAUAAUGAAAAUGACGGUGUCUCUUCCAAUUCCGUUGAGUCCACCACCAAACGAUUGGAUUAUAUGCUGCAAUUUCUAGACCGGAAGCUUUCAUCUCAAUCUGUUUCGUUUAGUAAUCAUGAUGGUAAUAUUCAGGGUUCGGAUUAUGAUGCGAGUCGUUCUUCUCUUCCUGAAUUCGUUGGGCGGGGCGGAGGAACUGGGAUUUUUAGGCUUGCGGUGCGUGCUGCUGUUCACCCUCAUCGGCCGCCUAGUCUUGAAGUGAGGCCGCAUCCUUUGAGAGAGACGCAGAUCGGGUGCUUUUUGAGGACGAUUUCCAGCAGCGAGUCCCAAUUGUGGGCUGGUAGUGAAUUUGGCGUUCGGUUUUGGAAUUUCAAGGAUUUGUAUGCUGCGGCAGAAGACACGGCUGUGAGAAAUGGUGAUGAAGAAACCGUGCCAUUUCGCGAGUCAGUGUGGACGUCUCCUACUUUUUGUUUGGUUGCUGAUGAGGGAAAUCGGUUAGUUUGGAGUGGCCACAAGGAUGGCCGGAUUAGAUGCUGGAGGAUGGAUAUUCAAAGUUUGAAUUCAAAUGGUCAUUUUACAGAAGCGUUGUCUUGGCAAGCUCAUCGUGGUCCUGUUUUUUCGCUUCUAAUGACAUCUUAUGGUGAUCUUUGGUCAGGUUCCGAGGGAGGUGCUUUGAAGGUGUGGCCAUGGGAAGCUAUUGAGAAGGCUCUCUCCCUGACAGCGGAAGAAAGUCCUAUGGCUUCUUUGUUGGUGGAAAGAUCCUAUAUUGAUCUUAGGACUCAAAUCAGUGUUGGAUUCAGUAACACAUUUACUUGGGAUGUUAAGUACUUGUUAUCUGAUGACUCUACUGCCAAAGUCUGGAGUGCCAGUGACCUCUCUUUCGCGCUCUGGGAUGCUCGCACAAGGGAGCUAUUGAAAGUGUUCAAUACUGAUGGUCAGCUGGAGAACCGAGUUGAUAUGACUCCUGUCCAAGAUUUUACGUUGGAGUCUGUUUCUUUUCCAAAGAAAGAGAAGACACAAAGUGCCUUUGGUUUUUUUCAGCGGUCACGUAAUGCUAUAAUGGGAGCGGCUGAUGCUGUUCGCCGAGCUGCUGUGAAGGGAGCCUUUGGAGAUGAUAAUCGGAGAACUGAAGCAUUAGUGAUAACAGUAGAUGGUAUGAUCUGGACUGGAUGUACAAGUGGCUCACUUGUUCAGUGGGAUAAAUAUGGAAAUCGUUUGCUAGAUUACACUUAUCAUUCUCAUGCUGUCCAAUGUUUUUGUUCUUUUGGAUCACGAAUAUGGGUGGGUUAUGCCAGUGGUACUGUACAGGUAUUGGACCUCAAAGGUAACCUUAUUGGAGGAUGGGUGGCUCAUAGCUGUGCUGUGAUUGAAAUGUGUGCUGGAUCUGGUUACAUAUUUACCCUGGCAAAUCAUGGUGGUAUCCGUGGGUGGAAUGUUACUUCUCCAGGACCCCUUGACGGCAUAAUACGCUCGGAGUUGGCUGCGAAAGAAUUCUUGUAUACAAGAAUGGAAAAUUUAAAAAUAUUCACUGGUACAUGGAAUGUCGGACAGGAAAAAGCAUCUCAUGACUCUCUCAUCUCUUGGCUGGGUUCUGUUGUCACAGAUGUUGGCAUUGUUGUUGUUGGGUUGCAGGAAGUUGAAAUGGGAGCUGGUUUUCUAGCAAUGUCAGCAGCUAAAGAAACUGUGGGACUCGAGGGGAGUUCUCUUGGCCAAUGGUGGUUGGAUAUGAUAGGAAAAACACUGGAUGAAGGAUCAACUUUUUAUCGUGUUGGUUCUAGGCAGUUGGCAGGCUUGCUUAUAGCAACAUGGGUUAGAAGUAACAUCCGAGCUCAUGUGGGGGAUGUGGAUGCUGCAGCAGUUCCAUGUGGCUUUGGACGCGCAAUUGGUAAUAAGGGGGCAGUUGGUUUAAGGAUACGAGUGUUCGACCGGGUGCUAUGCUUUGUUAACUGUCAUUUUGCUGCACAUUUAGAAGCAGUCAACCGUCGCAACGCAGAUUUUGAUCAUGUAUAUCGCACUAUGUCUUUCCAACGGCCGUCCAAUCCUUUGAGUACUGCAGCUGUUUGUGCUUCACCCACUGCUCAGUCAGCUCGUAGUUCAAAUGUUGUUAGUGGGUCCUCUGCAGAAAUGACACCUGAGUUGUCUGAGGCAGAUCUGAUCAUUUUUCUUGGUGAUUUUAAUUAUCGGCUCGACGGUGUAUCUUAUGAUGAAGCUAGGGAUUUUAUUUCUCAAAGAAGCUUUGAUUGGCUCAAAGAAAGGGAUCAACUCCGUACAGAGAUGGAAUCUGGAAAUGUCUUCCAAGGGAUGCGUGAAGCAGUUAUUACAUUUCCUCCCACAUAUAAAUUUGAGAGGCAACAACAAGGAUUGGCAGGAUAUGAUUCUGGGGAAAAGAAGCGUGUCCCUGCUUGGUGUGACAGGAUACUAUAUCGUGAUAGUCGAUCAUCUUUGGCAUCUGGAUGCAGCCUAGACUGUCCUGUAGUCGCUUCAGUAUCACAGUAUGAGGCUUGUAUGGAUGUGGUAGAUAGUGAUCAUAAGCCUGUUCGCUGUUUAUUUGAUAUCAAUAUUGCUCGAGUUCAUGAGUCUGUAAGAAGGCAAGAGUUUGGAGAAAUUCUUCAUUCAAAUGAGAAAAUUAAACAUAUGCUGGAAGUGUCAUGCAAGAUUCCUGAAGUUAUUGUCAGCACAAACAACAUACUUCUUCAAAACGAUGAUAUAUCUCUUCUACGUGUUACGAAUAAAUGCGAGAAUAGCGAUGCUAUAUUUAAAAUAAUUUGUGAAGGUCAGUCUACAAUUCGAGUGAACGGGAAAGCGUCGGGUCAUUAUAGUUUUCGAGGUUCUUUCGGCUUUCCACGAUGGCUCGAGGUCUCUCCUGCAACUGGAAUCAUCAAACCGAAUCAAAUCGUCGAGGUAUCAGUUCGUCUAGAGGAAUCUCAUAUGUCAGAAGGAUUUGUUGAUGGUCAACCACGAAACUCAUGGUGCGAAGUGACCAGAGACAAAGAGGUUAUGUUGCUUGUCAAGGUGUAUGGAACCUGUUCUAGUAAGUCCAAGAAUCAUCGAAUUCGUGUGCGCCACUGUGUUUCGCCCAAGACGGAAGGAACCGAGUCCAAAACCAAUAACUCUACUCAAAUUCAAGGAAAAGUUCUUCAUCGAUCUGAUAUUCAACGUCUCAGCAUGCCGAGCGAUGUGGUUGACCAUCUACGAAAUAUGCAUACCCCUUAAGACGGAUUUUCGACAGAUUUAGCAUGGUAAUACUCAUCCAAGAUUGUGUGAAAAUAUCAUGCCUCAAUUCUACCUGCAUCUUGGUUUACAUAAUACCUGAGGUAUCUCUUCCUGUUUUGAAUCAAAACUUACUGCUUUGAUUUGUGUGAAUAGUGUUCAUUCAAUAACGUGUUCAUUUCUUGAAAUUCUGCACACAAUUUCCUGACGAGUCCAUGUCCAGGUGGUUGUUUAUGAGUAGAUUCACAAAUCUGUAGAUUAAAAUUGUAUACAGAAACAGCUGUAGAGUAGGUGAGGCUGUUUCAUUUCCUCUUCCUUAAAUGUUAUAUCCCAGAAACAUCUGUGUUUGUGGAACUGGUUUUGAUGCGUCCAAGUUUAAGUUCCUUGAACAAACUUUUUAAGCGAAUUGAAAAUAUGCGUCU